AUGACUCGUUGCACGCAAGACUGGCACCUGCAUAUUUGGGAUUGGAAAGAUUCGACGACAUCGAAGAGCUUCCUAUCCUUCCCACCCGACGUCCAGGUUGAUUUCUGUUUCCUUGGAAAUGAUAGGUUGCUCGUUGUCGUUGGCGGCGAUCUGACGGUCUAUUCAAUCGAAGAUAUGUCUCAGACGCCACGUUUGCUGGCGUGUUUCCGAUUGCCAUUCCCAUUGUCGAACAUACAAUGCCUCCUUCCGAUGGAUCAUACCGAACAGAUGCAGAUGCAAGCCCAACCACAAACAGUGACGCACACCUCAGACCCUACACAUCAACUACUAUGCCUCACUGCGUCAUAUAAUACUUACACUGUGGUCUUCAUCAUCUCUACGAGGAUUUUCUUCGACCUUGACGAGGUUGCAGCGACAAUGCCGAAACCAUGGGAAUGUUGGGGCCCUUUAAAUACUCGUAUUUUCUGGUAUCGCCAGCAAUGCAAAGUCCACGUUUGUGGAAAUCGAGUUUUGCAGGCUAUCAGGAAGACUACGACGCCAAACAAGAGUCGUGUCAAGCACGAAUUACGUCUGAUGGACUUCAGCCCAGUGGCUGUGACAAACAGGCGGGGUCUUGGGCGUGUGGUGAAAGAGCCGUCUUCGAUAAAAACGAGUACUAGUCACUUGGUGGAGAGCGCCACCGAAGAAGAGAGCUUCGAAAUUACAACAUCCUUGCCUUACGUCGAUGUCGUAUUGGAUAGGAAGAUCAAUGUUCGCGACUUGAAGGGCAUGUGGCUCGACAAGGAUAGGAUUUAUUUGCUCAACGCAAUUGAGGAUAGUCGAGGUUCUUGGUUUCAAUGGCGAUCUAGCAGGUUCAAGGUCAUCGAAGUCUAG